UGAAAGCAUCAGACGUAGCGGCCACUGAAGAGGAUGCAUAGUGUUUUAUAAUUGCUCGUUUUUAAAUCGUUGACAAUAACGAAAAAUGAAUGUUUUCAUCCGCAUCGUCUUACUUUUCGUUAGUGCUGCGUUUGCCAACAAAAGCGGGGACGAUGAUUGGGUGAAUCUGCCAAAUAAAUGUGAAGUAUGCAAAUUUGUAAGCAUUGAGAUGAAGUCCGCAUUUGAAGAGACGGGGAAAACGAAAGAAGUAAUUGAAACUAACUACCGCUUUUUGGAUGAUAAAGGCACACCGCCCAUCAAAUAUGUCAAAUCUGAUAUUCGUUUUAUAGAUGUGAUAGAGAAUGUUUGCUCCAGAAUCAUGCAGUACAAUCUGCACAAAGAGAGAGAUGGAAGCAAUCGCUUUGCAAAGGGUAUGUCUGAGACCUUCUCAACCUUGCAUAACCUCGUGCAUAAAGGCGUGAAGGUGGUUAUGGACAUUCCUUUUGAGCUGUGGAAUGAGACCAGUGCAGAAGUGGCUGACCUCAAGAAACAGUGUGAUGUGAUGGUGGAGCAGUAUGAAGAUGUUAUUGAAGACUGGUAUAAAGGCAAACAAGAGGAAGAUCUCACAACCUACCUGUGUGAAAAACACGUGCUGAAAGGACAGGAUACAGCCUGUCUUAAAGAGAAAUGGAGUGGGAAAAAGGGGGACACGGCGGCCAUCGCAGAGGACAAGAAGAAAAAGAAGAGCAAGAAGAAGAAGAGCAAAGAUGUUGAGGACAGUCAGAAAAAAGAGAAGAAGGUGAAGAAGAAGAAGAAAAAGUCAAAAAUUUCAGAAAGUGAGAAAAACAAGCGGAAAACUGAGGAAGCUGGAUAUAGCUCGGAUGAGGAAAUUCAAAAGAAAGUUCCUCUUGGACUGGAUAAAACUGAACUCUGACUUGUCUCUUAGGUGCGAAGAUUUUUAUUUAUUUGUUUUGAGGACGUUUGUCCCUUUGACAUCUGAAUCUCUGAUAUACCUUACAUUUCAGUUUAGUUUUAGAAUUCGGAGGUUCAAAAUGCCAUAGUCAGAUCCAAUAAAUAAAAUCGACCAAUCAAAUCAGAGCUUUUAUUCAAACCUUUGCUUGUGUUUGUGCACAUGCUGGUACGUGUUGGUAAUCUUUGAUACUUUAUCAGAUUUCGUUUUUAUUUUUUGGAAAAAAUAAGUCAUGUGGACCUCAAGUCUAGGCUUUUUAGUAAUUCUCCUUUCUUUUUCUCUUCGUCAUUCCCCAACUUUUGUCGUCUGAAGUAUAUUUUCCAUGAUAUAGUGGGCUCUGCAGACUAUGGUAUAUACAUUUUAUGUGAAGGUAAAAUAACAAUAUCUUUUAAUACCAGGCCUACUGUCAUUAAGAAAAACAUAUAUCCUUUGAUUCGUUUUCUUUAAGUGUUAGAGGGAUAGUUCAACCAUCAUUUAUUCACCCUCAUUUCAUAGAAAACCUGUAAACUACUCUUUUUUUUUUCUGUAGAAAGCUAAAAUAUAUAUUUUUCAAAAGAAAGUCAUAGAGGUUUUGAAUGAAAUGAGGCUGAGUAAAUGAUGAAAUAAUUUGUAUAUUUGGGUAAACUAUCCCUUUAUUUUCAUGCUGUAAUGUUAUACUGGUUUGGCUGGAAUUUUGAAUAUUUUAAGUAUUGUUAUAUUGAAGUCACGCAGAUAGUUAAGCAUAAUUAAUAUUUUUCCUGUUUCAUCAUUUUUUUAAUGAGUGAACAAAUGCUGAAAGUGUGAAAAUUUGCAUUGCAGGGAUAUUUCAAUCCAAAACAUUUUUAUGAAUUUGGUGUCUUGUAAGGCUGGAUUUUCAUGUCCCAUUAAUUUUACUCUCAUGGUAUUACAGAUAAUGGUAUAAGCAGAAAAAGCGGUUUCGCAAUGCGAAAGUUGUGACCUUUCCUUUUUUGUUUGACCAAAUAAGGCACAUAUUUUGCCUGAUCUCUUCAUAUUUGUUUUUGCAGUGUUUACGUAUGUGAUGUCAGUUUCCGGGAAUGUUCGAGUGCAGUGUUUCUUUUAUAUUUUCCUCAACAGUAUUGUUUACUUUAAAUGUUUAUCUGAUAUUCUAUGUUGCUGUCUCCAAAAGCUGUGUGUGUGAUUGUGAAACGCCACAGGUGUCUGUAUGCAGACACAGAUUACAUAAAGCGAAGCAUGCGGAUGAAAGUUAUUGACCUGAGAUUGAACUGUACAGUAUGCAAAUCUAAUGGGUAUAAAUAUGCAGGAUGCGUUUCUAGCCUUCAGGUCAUUGCUGUACAGUAGCUGGUGCUUUUAAUAAGCGUUUUAUGAAGUGUAAUGACAACUGGCGAAUAAAAAAUAAAAACAAAACAC